AAACAAGUGUUGCUGCGUUCCUUAUACCAUACUUUCUCUUCGGGACAUAAAACUCUGAGAUAAAAUCGCAGCUUGAACUUUGAGCCUCUUGCUCAGAUAUGCUGCACAGAGGAUUGUGGGUCAGAAAAGCACGCUGGCUCGUAUACUGCAAAAUGCAACCGGGUGCAUCAGGACACAUUUUAGGCAUUCUGCAUUUGACAUUAUAUGUAUUGGGAUAUACUAUAUCUUUCCGUGUCAUACUAAUGGUAGUAUGGGCAUUGCAACACACCCAGUCUCUCUCUCAAAGCGCUCCUCUUCCAGGAAUGAAGCAGAACUUGAUAACCCCUCCCUCCUCUUCCUCUCAAACACAGCCAGCUCCACUUGUGCACAUAUUUCCUUGUUCCCUCCCCUUCAGAGCUACAGUUUGCAGAUGGGUGUAACCAACAUGCUGGGGGAAGUACAACAGCGUAUCACCUGUUAUUACAUCAGAGCUCAGACUAGAUUCAUUUCUCAGGAAGUGAGACUCAGACAGUCAGACAGUCGUAGUCACUGAGCGAGAGGUGAAAUGGCGCAGAAAGGAGUUCAGCUGGACCGGGAAACCUUCUCUUGUUCCAUCUGUCUAGAUCUACUGAAGGAUCCGGUGGCUAUUCCCUGUGGACACAGCUACUGCAUGAACUGUAUUAAAAGCCACUGGGAUGAAGAGGAUUAUAAGUACAACUACAGCUGCCCUGAGUGCAGGAAGACGUUCACACCGAGGCCUGUACUGGUGAAAAACACCAUGUUAGCAGCUUUAGUGGAGGAGCUGAAGAAGACUGGACUCCAAGCUGCUCCUGCUGAUCACUGCUAUGCUGGAGCUGAAGAUGUGGCCUGUGAUGUCUGCACCGGGAGAAAACUCAAAGCCAUCAAGUCCUGUCUGCAAUGUCUGGCUUCUUUCUGUGAGAAACACCUUCAGCUUCAUUACGAAUCAGCUCCAUUCAAGAAACACAAGCUGGUGGAGCCGUCCAAGAAGCUCCAGGAGAACGUCUGCUCUCGUCAUGAUGAGGUAAUGAAGAUUUUCUGCCGUACUGAUCAACAGCUUAUCUGUUAUCUCUGCUUAAUGGACAAACAUAAAGGCCACGAUACAGUCUCGGCUGCAGAAGAAAGGAUUGAGAGGCAGAAAAAGCUCGAGGGGAGUCGACAGACCAUCCAGCAGAGAAUCCAGGACAGAGAGAAAGAUGUGAAGCUGCUUCAACAGCAGGCGGAGGCCAUCGAUCGCGCCGCCGAUAAAGCAGUGGAGGACAGCGAGAAGAUCUUCACCGAGCUGAUCCGUCUCCUGGAGAAAAGAAGCUCUGAUGUGAAGCAGCAGGUCAGAUCCCAGCAGAAAAGGGAAGAGAGUCGAGUCAGAGAGCUUCAGGAGAAGCUGGAGCAGGAGAUCACUGAGCUGAAGAGGGAAGACGCUGAGCUGAAGAAGCUCUCACACACAGAGGAUCACAGCCAGUUUCUACACAACUACCCCUCACUGUCACCACUCAGCCAAUCAGCAUCCAGCAUCCAUAUCCGUCCUCUGAGCUGCUUUGAGGACGUGACAGCGGCCGUGUCAGAAGUCAGAGAUAAACUACAGGACGUCCUGAGAGAGGAGUGGACAAACGUCUCACUGACAGGGACUGAAGUGGACGUUUUACUGCCACAACCAGAGCCCAAGACCAGAGCUGGAUUCUUAAAAUAUUCACGUGACAUCACACUGGAUCCAAACACAGCAAACACACAGCUGUUAUUAUCUGAGGGGAACAGGAAAGCAACAUUCAUGAGUCAACAACAGUCUUAUUCUAGUCACCCAGACAGAUUCACUGGCUGGUACCAGGUCCUGAGUAGAGAGAGUCUGACUGGACGUUGUUACUGGGAGGUGGAGAGGAGAGGAGGAGUUUAUGUAGCAGUCGCAUACAAGAAUAUCAGCAGAGCAGGGAGGUCGGAGGAAUGUGGAUUUGGACGAAAUGACAAAUCUUGGGCGUUAGAUUGUGACAACAACAAAUAUACAUUUUGGUCCAACAAAGUCCAAACUCCCGUCUCAGGUCCUGGGUCCUCCAGAGUAGGAGUGUACCUGGAUCACAGUGCAGAGUCCAGAGGUGGUGGCUUCUGUGGGGAAACUGAGCUACAACCAGCUGGUGGAGAAAAUCAUCGACUACAAACACUCAGCAGACAGCAGCCGAGUCAGUGAAGGUCUGGUAGCAGAGCAGUUCCUAGAGUCCACAGCGACCCAGCUCUCCUAUCAG